GCAACAUCAACACUCCACAAGCCCCCAUACGUCGCAUACCACUGCUCGCCUAGUCUACUCGCUAGAUCAAAUCACCGUUCAAUCCUCUCACUCGGACCGACUCAGCGAAUUUCACCAUGGCGAGCGAGAAAGACCUUCCGAUCAAGCAAGAAGCGCAGAUCAAGUCUGCGGAUAUGAGCGACGAGAUGCAGCAGGAGGCCAUCGAAGUUGCCCAGACCGCCAUGGACCAAUUCUCCAUCGAGAAGGACAUUGCUCAGUACAUCAAGAAGGAGUUUGAUAGCCGCAAGGGCGCGACGUGGCAUUGCAUAGUGGGCAGGAACUUUGGCAGCUUCGUGACUCACGAGACCAAGCACUUCAUCUACUUCUACCUUGGACACUGCGCCAUCCUACUCUUCAAGACUCAGUAAGCACACUUGCAAUGGACUCGGGAACUCGCCAUCUGGACACUGGAUACCCAAUCUACUUUCGGCCUCGUUUGAUAUCCUUAUCACGGCUUGCACUCACACCAAUCCCAGGCUAUAGGACGUGUCGCCUUUCGAGGUUCUCGGGCACCGGAUCUGAGGUCCUCUAAGAUGUGGAAACGGAGCGACGUAUUGGCCGGACUGCAAAGCGCCUUUUGAUAUGACUGACACGAGUCUCCUUUCCCAAAACUGUGUCUAUAAGCAGGUAUAUACCUAAUGGAACGAUCCAUAUAUCAGAGCCACAUACACAUAUCAAUGCCUCAGUCCUGUUUUAGAGUCGUAUCUGCCCUCAGCAAUUCAAAAGGAAACGCGGUAUUGACUGCACCAAGCACGUGUUGCCGCAGAGUGAUAGG